AUGGUCGACACUCCAUCUCCCCCUGCAUCUUCCCCUGACAAUAGGGCCGGCUAUGUUCAGAUAAAGCUCGAUCGGCCUCUCCCAAUCUCGACAGAUGAUAUGGAAGAGACUAUCACAACUCCUACGACCGCCUCCUCCACAGAUGAGGUUAAAACCCCGUCGUCUGCAGUACCGAGUAACAUGCCUCCACAGCUGAGGAAACCUUAUGGGGGCGAAGAUAGUGUGGGCCGUGCGUCCAGACCUCCUGCGCCUCUUCCUAUACAAACCACCGAAGCUUUUCCCGCAAAAAGGGUCAAUUAUGGAAAGUCAAUCAAUAUAUAUAUUAACCAGAGCAUAGCGUAUUGGUACACGGCCAAAUUUAUCAUCAGAACUCCCGAUAAUCCGCAUGGGGACACCUGGGUGGAGCUAUUGAUUGACUCUGGUGAGAAAUACCUCACUUGUUUCGACCAUGGCUCGAUACUUACUGGGGUAUCUAUACUCAGGAUCACUGAAUACAUGGUGGAGAGCGACUUGACUUCUGAUGUACUAGGGCUGGAACAGUGGCAAGUAGGCGAACGCCGUCCCCGAGACGGCUAUGUUGAUUCGAAGAAAUACUCUCCAAAGCCGUGUGGUGAUGAUUAUUUGGACUUGUAUGGGAGCUCUGAAAAGGUGGCUAUGAUUGAGUACGGCGACGGACUACGAGUUUGUCUGGUCCAUCCAAGCCCCCCCUUUGUAUACAAGUGGCAGAUGAAUGUGCCAUUCUUUAUUGUCCGAGCUUCAGGCAGGAAGGAACACCCUCAAACAAUCCAUAACUGUCUCUCUCUGGCGUAUGCCCGUAACACCAAACAUCUCACUGACACAAUUGGUGGUAUCCUUGGAUUGGGCCUCGGCAGUUAUCAACCAGGAUUCGUGAGAGGAGGAUCCCGGACGCGGAUUGAUAGAGAAGAACGUCCGCCCUCUUUCAUUGAAUGCCUCAAACAGUGUGUUCCCACUAUUCCGCCGGAUCAAGAGAAAUACGGACAUGGAGUAUAUUUGAACAUGACCAGUCUCAGCGAGGUGUUCAUCAUCUCAAUCAUACAUUUACACACCAAAUUCAUCAUGAGUCCGCACUGGGGGCUCGCCUCACGGAACGAAUUUGUAGAUGUCGCGGUCAAGGCCGUGGACGAUUCUCCGAUCAUCCUUCCGAAUGAAUGGGCUGUCAUGCUUUCAGGCGUCACCAUUGUCCACAGCCAACGUGACAAAAUCCUCAAGGGUACUGAGACAUACAUUCAGUGCAAAGACACCACUGGGAAUCCAGGCAAACUCAACAUCCUGCUUGAUACAGGCUUCACACAUUCCUACCUGCCCUCGGAGCUGCUCAGCCAAAUAGUCGAAGCGGUAUCAGACAAGAAAGUACAUGUUAACCCCAACUUCAAUUUGAAGAGUAGCCGAAAACCUGCCUACAAACUUGACACUGUCAAGGAUACUCUUAACGGAUGCCACAUCAUCUUCCACUUUGACGGCUUGGAAGGCAACACGGUUAUGGUUCAUGGAUACUUGGACCAUUUCCUUUACAGUAAAACUGCAAACUAUGAGGGUAGAAUUUUGCCGAACGAGGUUUUUGAAGGGAAUAAGCAACCGGCUUCAGGUGGAGUGUUUGGAAUAGGAUUCUUUGAGACAAUGAUAAUUGUUACUCAAUACGUUACCGGAACUUCUGGCUCGGCUCGACUCCCAUGCGCACCUAAAAGUAUAGGCUUCCAUGUGCUCGUACUCGAGCUUGAGGGCGGCGGACGCCGUGACAUUCAGACCCACACGUUGUGGGAACGCACCUUCUGGCCCUCGAAGCAGGGCAGCGCCAACGGACGCGAGCGUGGGGGUAUAAGCCUGGCAGACCCAGUGUCAUAUCGGAUCCGCGCUCAGCUGGAGGAGGGUGUUGUAGACGUCGGGUCGAGUGAUAAGUUGGGUUGA